ACUACAUUGUGGUUCCAUGCGAUAAAUAAAGCUACUUUGUCUUUCGUACGGUUUACUUAUGUUACCGACAAACUUUGACAUUCCUGGGCAUUGGCCUUUGUAGUUUGUACCUAGGUUCAAGUGUGUUAGAAGUACGUGUAUAGUGACACGAUGAACAGUGGAAAGCUGGUUGGUCAGACUCUCUUUAUAACAGGUGCCAGCAGGGGCAUAGGAAAGGCAAUAGCAAUAAAAGCUGCCAGAGAUGGUGCAAAUGUUGUAAUAGCUGCCAAAACUAGUGAGCCACACCCAAAGUUGCCUGGCACAAUUUACAGUGCAGCUGAGGAAGUUGAGGCUGCAGGAGGGAAAUGUCUGCCAUGCAUUGUUGAUGUUCGUGAUGAGAAGCAAGUAAUUUCAGCUGUAGAAGCAGCUGUUAAAAAAUUUGGAGGCAUUGACAUAGUGAUAAAUAAUGCAAGUGCAAUUUCACUUACUGGGACCCUUAAUACAGAAAUGAAGAGAUAUGACCUUAUGCAUCAGAUAAAUACCAGAGGCACAUUUUUGGUAUCAAAAGUGUGCUUGCCAUACUUGAAGAAUAGCAAAAAUCCUCAUAUAAUAAAUAUUAGUCCACCAUUGAACAUGUCUCCUCAUUGGUUCAAAAACCAUGUUGCAUAUACUAUGGCCAAAUAUGGGAUGUCAAUGUGUGUAUUGGGGAUGGCAGAUGAAUUUAAGGAAGAUGGAAUAGCGGUGAAUGCACUGUGGCCAAAAACAGCAAUUCAUACUGCUGCUAUUGAGAUGCUAAGUGGCCCAGAAUCAGGAAGCUACUCACGGAAACCAGAAAUUGUUGCAGAUGCUGCUUAUGCAAUAAUGACAAAAGACCCAAAAACCUUUACAGGGAACUUUAUAAUUGAUGAAGACAUUUUAAGAGAAUGUGGCAUUCAAGAUUUUAAACAAUAUGCUGUUGAUCCAGCAAAUAAUGAUAAUUUAAUGCCGGACUUUUUCUUGGACUACAACCCAGAAGAAGGUGGACAUAAAUUAUCUGUUUCAACACAGAAAGGCGGCCAAAUAGAAAAAAUUUUUAAUGCAAUUCGUCACAGUAUGGGGCCAGAACUAGUUUCUAAAACGAAUGCAGUUUUCCAAUUUGAAGUGAAAGGUGCUGAGGAAGGUGUUUGGCAUAUAGACUUGAAGAAUGGAAAUGGGGCGGCAGGAAAAGGCAAGCCAGCUUCAAAUCCUGAUGCGAUUUUAUCAAUGGAUGCAGCUGAUUUUUACAAUAUGUUUUCAGGGAAAUUAAAGCCAGCAGCUGCAUUCAUGUCUGGGAAAUUGAAGAUCACAGGAAACAUGCAGAAAGCUCUUAAAUUGGAAAAAUUAAUGGGGCAGCUAAAAUCAAAGCUGUAAUGCUCAUUUCAGAAUUGCACACAGAAACCAUGACGUUGAUGGCUAUGUGAAAAUAUUUUCUACUUUUUUUAUGCUCAUCUGUAAAGUGAAUAUAUUUUUUAUAAGAUGUUUACUGCAAAAUGUUUUGUGCUUCUCAUUGUGUGACCAUUGCAUUUUAUUUUUAUAAAAGUAGAUACUUCUGCCAGUUUAAUGGAAUGGAUCCAGCAUUUUCUGGUGAGGACGGCCUGCGUGUUGAAGUGUGUUUGCUGUUAAUUUCUGUAAAACAAACAGUGGUUUAAGUAAAAUUUUCCAUUAUUGGGAUUGCUAGGAGUCAUAUAAGAAGUGUGCAGCAGUUGUUGAUGAGAGAAAAUGGCGUUAUAAAUAAUUUCAGAGUUGCUGGUAGAUUAAGAGAAUACUGGAUUUGAAACAUGCAGCGAGAGUAUUUAAAUGAAAAUUUGAGUCAACACAACCGUGCCGUAGCACUCAUACUAACUUGAAGUAAAAUUCAAUACUUCAUGUAUUUGCCACUGAAAGUGGACUGACACCACAUGACAGAAAAAUAAGUGAUAUUUGUCUGGGUUUCAUGCCAGUUUCAUUAAAAUUGGAAGGUUAGAAGCUGAUUGUCAUUGCCACAUUUAUUUGUGUACAUGGUUACGCAAUUUGUUGGAUUCUUGCCAGAGUGGAUGUUUUAAAGUUUAUGAUGUACACAUCAUGCAAAUCAUAAGUUCAGUAUCGGUUCAGUAUUUUUCUGGUGUAACUGAUAAUAUUUGUACAUGUUGCAGUAUUGUAUUAUAUAAUAUAUUUUUACA